UGAGGGUAAAAACGGCACCGUUCCCUUCUAAUAAUCCCUUUUUACUGGGCAGAAACCCUAACCCAUCAUCGAUUGAAAUGAUUUUUUUGUAUCAGAUAAUUGAGUACUCUUCUUUAUAAAUUGAGAAAUUAGUAAUAAUUUAAUUCAAUGAAGAGGUCGAUGACAUGGAAAGAUCCGGAAGAAUCUUCGUCGUCUGAUGAGUCUUCGUCAUCAUCGUCCUCACAUUCAGACACCGGUGCUGCCGAUAACAAGAAAAAUGGAAAGAAACCGCAAGGCAAGUUUGCAAAGCGUAAGAGUGGUGCUGUGGACUUUGAUGAAUUGAGGAAACAUGGCUAUAAAGGCGGACUAUCAAUCCUCAAAGUUCCUCAACCUAAAGAUGACACAGUGCAAGACUGGUCUUGGUCUAGCGGCAAAGAACAUCGGGAGACCAAGGAAGUCGAAGAAUCUUACCAAGACCGACAGAAAACUCGAGCUGCAUUAAUGGAAGGCGAGCUACUUGCGAAUGUGCAAACUGCUAAAGAGAAGAAGAGCUUAUCUUUCUCUCAGCGGGAGAAGCGGAAGCGCGAUUUUGGUCAGGCUAGUCGAGGCAAGAACUUCGUUGAGGAGGAGAAGCGGUUUUCGAGAGAAAACGGUAUUUCCUCUAGCUUUGAUACUUGAUUACCCUUGUUCAUGUAAAACACUGUUAGAAAUGUAAGUCUCAAUGUACUUCUUGUUCAAAUUCAGAAAAGUUGGCAUUGUAUGCUUAAAAUAACAUAUAACAGAGCAUUCAGAA